CACCCCUGGUCUAAAUACAGAUUUGUAGUAAUAUAUUGACCAGUACCUUUUAAGGUAUGUAACGUAAAUGUUCUUUAAUGAUUGUAAGUGAUUUUAUUAACUAAAUGACCACAACUUCCCUGUCACUAAAAAUACAUUAAAUAAUUAUUAAAAGACAAUGUAGCUCGUAAUGUAGGAUCACAUGUAUGUUUUAGGAUCUUUCUUUUUUGCUGUAAUUUCACAUUCACUGAUGUUGUUUUUCUGCAUACAUGUUGUGUUCACUUCAGCAAUAUCGAGCAUGGAUAAAUGUGCUGAAUGUGUGGGACCUGUAGCAGCACUCAAGUGGAUUGGCCUGAGAUGUAAAUUGUGCUCCAGUUUUUGGCACAAGUCCUGCUAUUUGAAGCUUCAUGAAUGGAAUGGAAAACAGUCAUCGUGGGAAGUAAGUUCAGAGGAAGACGAUCUGUCAGAUGAGGAGUACAUACCACAGUCAGAGUCAGACAAUCAGUCAGACAGUUCAGAUGAGUUGACAACAAGACCAGCACGUUACGAUCAAGCUAAACUCCUCUUAGAUAUACAGGAAGCUGCAUCCUCUAAGUUUAGUGAAUCUCUGAGAUCAGAUGUAACUGCCCUGAAUGUGUCUAAGGGCAAAGGAAAAGGAGUCUUAAAGGCCAUGGAAGCAGCAAGUGUGUAUAAUGAGUCUGAUUUACUGUGUCAUGAGGAGCAGUUGACUGAUGUUGAGACAGACAGUGAAUCAGACCGUUUUGGGGAACGUCACCUUCCCAGAAAGCAAGGCUCAGUGGUACGCAGGUCAACAGAUGUGGUUAUGUCAUCACCUCAAUCACACAAUACUGAGAAGCUUUUGAAUGUAAAAAGCACAGUAACAUUGAGAGAGGAAGAGAGGGAAAGCAGCGUGGCUGAAGGUGAUCAUUGUGUGCAUUCAGCAAAAAUUUCCUGUACAGCAAAUAGUAAGAAUUAUUGUUACAUCUGUGGGAAACCUCAGUCCAAGUUAGCGCACCAUUUGAAAACUCAUAUGGCUGAAGUUGAAGUUGUGCAGGCUUUGUCACUCCUGGUUCACUCAAAGAACGUAAAGCAAUGCUGCAAAAGCUCAGGGACAAGGGCAACUUUCAGCAUAACACUGACGUUUUACAGUGUGGAGAGGGGCUCUGAAAAUAAAACGAGCACCAAAGAGAAAGUGUGA